AUAUAUGAUGUAAACUAUUGAGAAUUAUUAAUAUGAUAAAAAGGGGUUUCUUGGAGCAGGAAGUUUCGGAAGUGUAUAUAAAGCUAAAAAUAUAAAAACUGGAGAAAUUGUGGCUUUAAAAAGUAUUUGAUUGUUUUAUAUAACAAGUUUUGGAUAUGAAAUUAUUCUAAGAUUAGUUUAUGAUUGAUUCAUUGAAAAAUGAAAUAAAAGUAAUGCAAACCCUUAGUUCACCUAAUGUAGUACGUAUGUUAGAUGUAUUUGGAAAUAAAUAAUAAACAUAUAUGGCAAUAGAGUUAUGUGAUUCUGAUCUAAGAUCUGUGAUGCAUAAAAAAGGUCAUAUGGUAGAAGAUUAAGCAAUUGAAGUCCUUGCUUAAUUGAUGAAUGGAUUUAAAGACUUAGUAUCUCAUAAUUAUAUCCAUCGAGAUAUUAAACCUGAAAAUUGUCUAGUGAAAAGUAAUGUAUAUAAAGUAGCUGAUUUUGGUUUUGCUACUAAAAUUGAUAUUACAGGAAGAUAAUUACUUAAAGAAUGUGUUGGCACUCCUAUCUAUAUGUCUCCAUAAAUUUUAAACAAAUAGUAAUAUUCAGCCAAAAGUGAUAUCUGGUCUAUAGGAAUGAUGUUUUAUGAAAUCCUUUUUGGUAAGACAGCCUGGUCAUGUAGAGAUAUGAAUAGUCUUCUCAGAAGUAUUAAAACAUAACCCUUAAGAUUUCCUUAUGAAAGACCUAUUAAUGAAAAUUCUAAAGAUUUUAUUAAAAAAUGUUUAAUGAUUGAUGAAAUUAAUCGUAUUGGAUGGAAUGAAAUCUUUACUCAUCCACUUUUUACUAUGAAACAAUCUGGAUAAAUAUAAUAGAAACAAUAAUACUAAUUAUCAUAGUAAUGUAUUAAAAUCUUAAGGAAGAUGUAAACAGUUGUUACUGAAAAUAAUAUAGAUCCUCAAUUUAUUUUCUCAAGAUUUGAUAAAGACAAAAAUAAUUUUUUAGAUGCUAAAGAAUUUAAAGAUCUUAUUUUAGCUGUUGAUCCAAAUACCACUUAAUCUGAAAUUCAAGCUUUAUUUACUAGAAUUUGUGGUCAAGAUUAAAAAGUUAAUUAUAUUGAAUUUUAAAAACUAUUCACUGAGUUUGAUUUCUCAGAUCUUAAUGAUAGAGCAGGAAUCAUUAUUAAUGAUAUUUAAGCUGUAAUCAAAGCUAAUAAUAUUAAUAUUACUUAAAUAUUUAAUAAAUAUGAUAAAAACCAUUAAGGAGAUUUAGAUUAUUAAGAAUUUUAUAAUUUAAUCAAAGUUAUAGUCCCUGGAAUUAAAGAUUAUGAAAUUUAAUUAAUGUUUUCCAAAUUUGAUAGAGAUAACAAUGGUGCAAUCAGCUUUCCUGAAUUUUAAUAUGUUCUUUCUAAAGGCACAGGUUAAACAUAAAAAGAAGGACUUAAUUAAAGAGCAUCAGGAGUACUAAAACAAUUGUAAAAUACAGUGAGAAUUAAUAAAUUAGAUAUUGCUAAAAUUUUUCAACGUUUUGAUAAAUCUGGAGAUGGUGCUAUUGAUUAAGAAGAAUUUUUCUUAUUAUUAAAAGUAAUAAUUAUAACAUAUUUAAUAGGCUAUUGAUGGCAAAAUUAGUAAAAAUGAAUCUGCAAGUGUUUUCCAUAUUUUUGAUAAAAAUCAUGAUGAUUAGAUCUCUUUUGAAGAAUUCAAAUAGUAGCUAUGA